GUCUGGCCCCGCGCCGAGCGGGCCGGGAUGCGCGCCCGGGGCGCUCUCCUGCCACCCCCGGUCCUGGGCGCCGUGCGGCCCCAUGGCAAAUAGUGGCGGCCUGGACGGCGGGGCCGGGCUGGGCCAGGGCGCGGGGUCCGCGCUGAGGGCGCCCCGUGCUCCGGUGCUGCUGGCCGCCGUGGUGCUCGGCGCCUACUCCCUGUGCGCCCUCCCAGGCCGCAGCCCGCCGGCUGCCCGCGCCCCCGACCCCGCGCCGGCCCCAGCACCCGCCCAGCCGCAGCGCGCCGCCGGCACCUCCGGGGCGUCUGUUCUGCCUGUGGCCAGCGGCGCGGGUCGCCGGCGCUUCCCGCAGGCUCUGAUCGUGGGCGUUAAGAAGGGCGGCACGCGCGCGCUGCUCGAGUUUCUGCGGCUGCACCCCGACGUCCGCGCGCUGGGCUCCGAGCCUCACUUCUUCGACAGGUGCUACGAGCGCGGUCUCGCCUGGUACCGGAGCCUGAUGCCACGCACCUUAGAUGGGCAGAUCACCAUGGAGAAGACGCCCAGCUACUUCGUGACACGAGAGGUGCCGGGGCGCAUCCAUGGAAUGUCCCCUCAUACCAAGCUCAUCGUGGUGGUGCGGAACCCUGUGACGCGUGCCGUGUCCGACUAUGCACAGACGCUGUCCAAGACACCGGGGCUGCCCAGUUUCCGUGCACUCGCCUUCCGCCAGGGCCUGGGUCCCGUGGACUCGGCCUGGAGCGCUGUGCGGAUCGGCCUGUACGCCCAGCACCUGGUGCCCUGGCUACGUUUCUUCCCGCUCUCCCACUUCCUCUUCGUCAGUGGGGAACGCCUGAUCAGUGACCCGGCCGGCGAGGUGGGCCGCGUGCAGGACUUCCUGGGCCUGCGGCGUGUGGUCACUGACAAGCACUUCUACUUCAACGCCACCAAGGGCUUCCCUUGCCUCAAGAAGGCACAGGGCAGCGGCCGCCCCCACUGCCUGGGCACAUCCAAGGGCCGGCCACACCCCCGCGUGCCCCCCACUGUGCUGCAGCGCCUCCGUGACUUCUACCGGCCCUUUAACCUCAGGUUCUACCAGAUGACUGGCCAGGACUUUGGCUGGGACUGA